AUGCGCUCGAGUAGCGCUAGCAUCAUCGUGACUUCGGUGUCUUGCACCAUUCUCAUCAAGAUCUCCGCUGGCCCUCGAACUGACGUGGGGAGGACCACCGGGCGCUCUGGAAUUCCUUUGCGCUCGGCCCUCGCGCCACGGCGCGCAGCCCAUGACAGCCGGUGGCUACGUGCUGUCCGGACGACGAGUGCUAACGCAUGCUAA